AUGGCCGACGCAGUCUUUGGUGCACCUGGCUGGGAGGUCUACUCCGCAAUGCUUCAGGAUGAUCGGCGAGUUAGAGUUGGAGCUACAACUCCCGCACAUCUUACGCGGACAUUGUAUAUCCCCCGUCAUGAUGGCAGCGGCAGUCAUCUCUCCGUUCACGAUAUCAGCACCCUGUACCAGGAAACUGUCGGGGACCGUAACAUAGGAUCAGCCUCGUAUCUUGUGUCUCUGGGAAAGAUGCAAAAGCCGCAGAGUGAGCUGGAUGAUACAACUGUGUACAAUGUGGGCUUCAAAGAUGCAGUGGAGUUGCACGGGCAGUCGAUAUCAGUGACUGCAGCGUCGCCUGGUCACUCACCUCUCGAGGCGAAUGUUGCCAUCAACGCUGACGGAAAUGAAGCUGUUAUCACAAUGAAGUGCGAACAGGAAAACGAUGUGCAAACGCUAGAAGACACACCGAUGUCGAUAUCUUACCCCAUCUCACCAACCAAAUUCGACAAAAGGGCCUUCGUGCACCCCUAUUUUACGUUCCGACUCCCCGGAGUGGCUAGGAUGACCCUUGAAUGGCAAGUCCACCCAGUCGAACAUGGACGUUUGCGAUAUACUCUUGUUCGCAUCUCAGAGGCGCCGUCGUCCGUGUAUGUUGCAGGUUCGGGUGUCCCUCUAGAUGAAGAUGUGCUUGCUAUAUAUCAUCAUGUUGGAGAUGGCAUUUCUUUGCCGCUGCCAUAUAGCGAGGGCGUUCUUCUGCUAUCCCCUGAUAUGGAACCAGCUACCGAGACCAUCGUGGUAGCCAGUGUUUUGGGAGUGCUCCUGCAGCUGCGUCAGUUACGCAAGGCGGGAAAAGGCACGAAGAAAGGGACCCUCGGCUUUAUCAAAGGCUUGCUCAAGAAAUAA